CCUCCAUUGAUAGGAUUUGGGGGCCACGAGCCUGCGGAAGAGGGACACAGUGCCCGGGGAGGGGGCACGUGCCCGGCAGAGACGUGUCGCGGGCGCUCCAGCCUGCCCUGGGCCCAGGGCCUGUGGGGGAGGCAGGUCCUGGUCCUGCCCCUGCUCUGCGGGGGGGUCCUGUGGGUGCGACUCCCCCUCCCCCCCGUCACAGCCUGUCUCCGUCGCUUUUCCUCCCCACCCCCUUUUACCACCGGCUGGGGACCGGCCUCUCUCGCUCUUUCCGCCCACCAUAUUUUCCUUUUCCUCGCUGCUUUUCAAAGAAUUAGCCUGCCCGUUAUCUUGGAUCCUGAGCCAGACACUAGUUUUUGGGGGUGUCUGCCUCCGAGUCUGGUUUGUGUAGAUUAGUGGUUUAGAGACACUGGUUUCAACUCUCGUUUCAUUCCUCUUGACCACAGGUUUAAUUCCAGAUUGGGUUUUUUGUGGUUGGUUUGGGCUGGAAAACAGUCGCAUCAAGACAUUUACACAAACAUCCAUGCCACGUUAACUGACCGUUCAUUUCCGGUGGGCUCAAGUCUUCUGCCUCCGAGGAUGUCAGUUAGUUGACAGGCAGCGUUUGCUCCAAGUUUGUUCUGGAUUAGUCCUUUCAGUGGCACAGAUUUAAAUCUCUUCCUCGGGAGCAAAAAAAAAAAAAGGGGGAAAAAAAAUCAGUUUAAACCCUCAGAAUUUAUGCCCCAGGUGGAACUAGCGAAACACUUGGUACAAAUCUUGGUUUUCAUUUGCACUUCAAAAGCAGUAGAAAUUCUCAGCGUAUAAUGGCCUCCAUUUAUUUUCUUGUACAAUUGAUAGCCCCUUGAAGCCUUCUCUCCUCCUGUUCAGACCAUUGGACUCUUCUCUCAGCGCCCUUUAUUUUUGUUAGAUUUACAGGCUUUCGGGUGGUAGAGGUGGGAAACGUAUGCGGUGCCUGAGUAGCUUUGGGAGUCAAAAUUGCCUCCUUUCAUCUAUAAUCGGUCAGAAGUUUGCAAGAGAUCCCGUUGCGUGUGGAUCUGGCCAGCUACUGAUGGAAAAUGUCAUGUUGAAACCUCAUCCUGUGAUGACUUCAUGAAUGAAACAAAUAAAAGAAAGAAAGGGGAAAGGAAAGACAAAGAAAAGACCUUAGAGGGGUCCCCUCCCACCGUCCCCGGAGUGUCAGAAAUCAGUUUAUAGAUUUGACAUUUUGCAAAGCAAACCGGACUGUGUUUUCCUGGUGAGAGUGUGUAGGUGCGGCUUAUUGCUGGGCUGAAAGGAAGGUCUGGUCCCUCCUGUUUGUGCUCUAUGCCCAGAUCUCUGUGGCUGGGCUGCUCCAGCCUGGCGGACAGCAUGCCCUCGCUGCGAUGCCUGUAUAACCCAGGGACUGGCGCACUCACAGCUUUCCAGAAUUCCUCUGAGAGAGAAGACUGUAGUAAUGACGAGCCCCCUAGGAAGAUCAUUCCAGAGAAGAAUUCACUUAGACAGACCUACAACAGCUGUGCCAGACUGUGCUUAAACCAGGAAACCGUGUGUCUAGGAAGCACCGCGAUGAAGACGGAAAACUGCGUGGCCAAACUUGGAGCGAUCUGUGCAGGAUCCACCUUUGAACCAGCUCUCAGCUGUUGUUUUUUCAGCCUGGGCGUCACCGGUGCAAAGCUGGAUGUUGUGGCCCCUUUUUAUUUUCCAUUAGUAAAUGGGCCUGUUGCACGACUGGCACUGCACGCAGGUGACUCGCUGAGCAGCUUGUGGGCCUACAGCCUGCCAUCGUUCAGCUUGCAGUCAUCCUGGGUUAGAGGUGCAGUCCAUGGAAACUACAUAUCCCAGCAUUAAGUGCUGCUCUUCAAUUCAAGCAGCCAGACUGGUCUCUCAGCUCAAGAGAUAAAGUAUCGCGUACUGACAUCUGAAGUCAGACACAUUUUUUUUCUUUUACCGAGUAGGUGGAACCCUCCUUGACAACAUACCAGUGCAGCCCUCAGUAAA